AACACUAUGAACAUAAUGUAGAAUACAAGCAUAGUUCUUGAACUUAUAGCUGAGUUUUGUACAAGGACAUGAAAACCUUAGCGCUUACGCUCAAAAACAAAGCAAUAUUGUGGGAAAACAAUAACAAGUUGAAUCAGCACCACCUCGAGGUUCCUGGGAUAGGGAAAGUACCGUGAUGUUACUUCCUGUUACUAUUAAUGCUACACAACAUCAAGUGAAAUUACAAUACUUUCGUUAUGACAUUGUUUUUCCCUCUAGUAAUACCGAUGGAUACACACUAAUUAUCUUGGAUAUGGCCGCAGAAAACUACGGGAAUCCUACGGAACAACAGCUCAAUGAUAUCAAUGAUAUUAUUGCACCUUUUUUAGACGAUACCAACGAAGAAAAGAUUGAAGAUCUAAGCCUUUAUACCGUUGAACCAGACGUCCAGUUUGAAGUGUUCGAUCUCAAAGACAUUUAUGACAAAGUCCAAAAGAAAACCGCCGAAGGUUCCGAGCAACGCAUCGCCAAUGGCGUCGUCAAUAUGGCUGCUACAGCAACGGCACAGAUCUCAGCUGUCAGAGUUUUCGUCAGAAGAAAUGAGAAAGCUGCUUUGAAAACAAAUGACAGAAUAGGCACUGUGGAACUACCCGUUACCGCGGUAAAAACUGAUUCCGAGGACUUCAACAAAACAAGAUUCUCAGUUAACCUGGAUUCUGUGUAUAAGAAUGAAGAUGGUUCUUAUGUGUACUGGUUAGACAGAGUUGAAGUGGAGGAGAGAAAUAUCUGGGAAUUAGCAAUCUACGUUGAGCUGAUUGAUGGGACACAGAAGACGUUUCUGUCAAAAACGUUUCGAAUUCGAACAAAACCAAGACCAAGCGCAAAGAAAUCUGAACCAUCUGCAGAGAGCACCGCAGGACAAGCUUUUAACACUAUGAAUGAUUCUCAACGCAAUGAAGCGUCUCCCCCACCAAUGUUAUACCAGGAAAGUGACCCACUCUUUGGUCCCUCUGGUAACAAGAGAAAGCGAUCAAGUCCUAGUGUUGGUAGUUACGGAGCAGUCCAAUCGCCAUUCUCUAUUCAGUCGGGACCUGCAGCGUCUCCACUCUCGGCUAAUGGCAAUGCUGGAUAUGCACAGUCUGUCAAUAGUAACGACGUUAUUCUUACCGACUAUCUUGAAGCACAACGCGCACAGAUCCAGCAUCUAAAGGUCCAGAAAAUGAUCUCUUCUCCUAAUGCUGAUAUUGCUUAUCACCUGAAACUUGAAGGCCCUUACUACAGAAACCACAAUCUAGAAGAAGGUGACGUCAUGGGAUUCUUUCAAAACAAGACCACCGGGGAAACUGAGAUCUCUCGUCUUACGCCAUCAAAUGCGAGGGAAGCCAGAAUGGCGGGAGUCAUCAGCCGUUCUGCGUAUCUCCAUGGAAACGUUCCGGUAGAAGGCAUUGAACGAACCGACACAGUUUGUGUCAUUGGAAUCGUAAAAGUCAAGGUAGCUGGACCGGUACAAAAUGGAGAACGAAUUUACGCUUCCUUUGACGUCGCCGGCGUGGGAAUCCCUGAAACUCAAAUACCACUGAGGCCGUCCGGGGGAAUCAGUCCUAUCUUACUUGGGCAAGCAUUGGAAAGCUCUCAAUCGUCAAAACUUGAUACCAUCCAUCCUGUGAAGUGCUUCGUGUCUGUUGUACUGGGAAUACAAUCUCGUGAAGUGUCUCAUGCCGUGGAUAAUGUACAGCGACAUAUGCAGAGGAAAAUCGCAGAUGCGAUAAGACUAGAGAAGAGAAAGUUUUACAAAGGUAUCCUUUGGAAAGGAUCGAUCGUUAUCUUAUUCUUGGUUCUUCUCACCUACUUCCUCUACGAGAUAUUCUGUCCCGGGAGUUUAUUUCGCUAUUGGCUGUGCAAACGAGGAUCCAUCCCUAACCAUGAAAUGUGGUUUACGUAUCAUACAUUCGACGAACAGACCCCUAGAGUUCAUGGGGUAGAGUUUGAGUGGCCCGUUCUGAAAAGGAAGCUUCACCUUGAGUUUAAAAAGAAGAACGCCUCAGGGAUGCGAUACUACCUUAACCUGGACAGAUGUGCGUAUGGAGGUGUAGUCGCUGUAGCAUCUCUUAUUGAUCACAAGAAACAAGUGCGAGGUGCUGAAAUAUUCUCUACUAACUCCUCGUGUGAUGUAGCUUUGUAUGAGUUCGAUGGAGAUUGGCGUCCUUACAAAACUGGCAGAAAUUUUGUUUGCAAACCAUAAUUACACUCACAACAUUCAAACCCAAACACGCUAAGUUGAAGUUGGGUCUGGGAGUUAAUCAGCCCACAAGCUGCUUCAGGGUUCGAUAAAAUAUACCUUAAGUGUGUUAAAUGUAGUCAAGAGAAUAUGAACUAAGAGAAGGAAUCCUACCUAUAUAGCCUUGUAACCAUCAUGUGCACAGUUUGAUGCUAUUUUUAGCUUGGAGAUAUUUUGAGCGAAGAACCUGAUUGGUUGAUUUCUU